GACCACAACAGCCUUCCUGCAAAAAUGCUGCACAUGUUCCUGAGCCUUCUACCUUCACAGAUCUCUACAAGAGCAGCUGAAGUGAGGACAGCCCCCAGUUUCCUACACUGUCUGGAAGCAUUAAGCUACCUAGCAACGGGGAAACAUCAUUCGAAGUGAAAAUCCUGGGCUACCUAGCAACUAAACAAUGUCAUUUAGUGCCUAUCCAACACCCAGAUUCGAAAGGGGACCUGCCUCAUAACACAAAGACUAAAGCUGCCUCAAGAAUAAAAUUACACUGGGCAAGGAUUGAUGAUUUCAGUGUGCUGCUGAAAGGAUGUCUGCACUCCGUAGAAAAUUCGGUGAAGACUAUCAAGUUGUGAACACUUCCCGGGUUUCCACUUACAGUGCUCCUGUGAAAAAGAAAAGGCAAAGGUUUGUAGACAAGAACGGUCGUUGUAAUGUGCAGCAUGGGAACUUAGGCGGAGAGACAAGUAGGUAUAUUUCUGAUUUGUUCACUACUUUAGUGGAUCUGAAGUGGAGAUGGAACCUCCUAAUCUUCAUUCUGACUUAUACCAUUGCCUGGCUAGUGAUGGCUUCAAUGUGGUGGAUCAUAGCCUAUAUCCGUGGAGAUAUAAACCAGACCCAUGGCGAGAACUAUACCCCGUGUGUGGCCAAUGUCUACAAUUUUCCAUCUGCUUUUCUCUUCUUCAUAGAGACAGAGGCCACUAUUGGUUAUGGCUUCAGAUACAUUACCGAGAAAUGCCCAGAGGGUAUCAUCCUCUUCUUGUUCCAAUCCUUGCUCGGUUCCAUUGUGGAUGCCUUUUUGAUCGGGUGUAUGUUCAUCAAAAUGUCCCAGCCAAAGAAAAGGGCAGAGACUUUGAUGUUUAGCCACAACGCAGUCAUCUCCCAACGUGAUGGCAAAAUGUGUCUGAUGUUUCGAGUAGGGAACCUUAGAAACAGCCAUAUGGUUUCUGCUCAGAUGCGGUGCAAAGUGAUAAAGUCCAGGCAGACCCCAGAAGGAGAGUUCCUGCCCUUGGAUCAGUGUGAGUUGGAUGUGGGAUUUGGAACUGGUGCGGACCAACUGUUUCUGGUGUCACCUCUGACUAUCUGCCAUGAAAUAAAUCCUAAAAGUCCUUUCUUUGACCUGUCUCAACGAUCCCUGAGAAGUGACCAGUUUGAAAUUGUGGUGAUUCUGGAAGGAAUUGUUGAGACUACCGGAAUGACAUGUCAAGCAAGGACCUCGUACACAGAAGAUGAGGUUCUUUGGGGCCACAGAUUCUUUCCCGUCAUGUCACUAGAAGAAGGUUUUUUCCGUGUAGAUUAUUCUCAAUUCCAUUCCACGUUUGAGGUCCCCACGUCUCCCUAUAGUGUAAAGGAACAAGAUGAGAAGCUGUCGCUUACAUCAUUUUGUCCCACCCCCUGUAUCAGCAACAGCAAGAACAGAAGGGAGAGAAUUUUCUCCAUGGACUGCAUUGAUACCCUAGAGGAAAAGGGCAACAAAUUACCAACCAAACUUCAGAAAAUGAGCACCGGUAAAGAUGAGGUGCAGAGGAAAGUUAUAAGGAUGACUGCCGACAUAGGAGAGAAAACUUGCAGCACUGGUGAUCUGCCUCUAAAACUACAGAGGUUAAGCUCUAACCCCAGCAAUAUCGGUGCUGAAGAAAGACUCCCGCUGAAGAGUUUCAAAGUCAAUUCAGAAUCCAUCACUCAAUCGACGGGAGAUCUUCCACAGAGGGAACAUGGUCUGAAACUUGCAGGGCCCCGAGUGGAGGACAAUUUACCUGCCAAACUGAGAAAAAUGAAUUCUGGUCGCUUCACUUAGAAAGAGACAAUAUCAAAUACGGCAUGUUUCUUUUUAAAUACCUGUAAAAAUCUGAGACUUAAGACCUUCAAGUUGAGUGUAUUGGCCUAUUUAGAGUAUACAUUCUCUGUUGAUAUUGGGAUGACUACAGUUGCUUAGUUCCUAAGUUGAGGGGUAAGAUGGCCCAAUCAAGUCAAAAUAAAAACCAAAAAGGCAUCUUGUAUUUCUAGGAAGGCCCUGUCAAAGUCAAUUGAAAUAAUUUAGCAGCAAGUCAAUUUUUAAAAGGCCUGAGUACAGACCUUUUCCUGGAUCUCUUGGUGUAGUUUGACUGAUAAAUUAUUUUCUACCUUCAGUCAGUUAUUACUGAUUUGGGACCUGCCAGCUCCAGUUAACGUGUUCUAUAUUGAAUUAGCCCAUUAACUAAUGUAAGCUUAACAUUGACUUUAGUGUCCCUGGGAUAAAGGAGAGAGAGAGAGAGAGAGAGAGAGAGAGAGAGAGAGGCAGAGAGAGAGAGAGCAACCAGAGCAACCAUUGACUCCAAGUAAUGAAUGUUAAUAUCCAAAAUGGAUAGAUUGGAGUCUCAUCAGGCAUUAAAAAUGAAACCUUACUGAACAUGCUGUGACCCAUAGAGAUGUGGGUUUAACAUAGGCAGAAUGAAGUCUGUUUGAGUUUGCAGCCUUUCCACUCUUGGGAGACAGGGUGACGAGCUAAAUAUUUUAAUGGAACUUACAGCCUCUGAUUUAAAUUGCUUUGGAGGUUUAGAAAUGAUUGGCUAAGUUGAUGAAGUCUCAGGAAAUUGGAUAGCUCUAGGGAAAUUGAUACAGUUUUGACAUGAAUGUAGUUUGCCCUUACAGAAAUGCAAACAUAAGUUCCUCGAGAAACUCAGCAAGCCUGGCAGUCUGUGGAGAGAAACAGAUUCCUUCUUUCAGUCUGAUGUGACUUUUCUUUAUGGCUCCGAUUGUUAGGCUGGAGAAGCAGAACUGUAUCCCACCCUUAUUCCCUGCUCUGCUAAAUGUCUGCAUCCCAUCAGAUAUCUCCCAUGCACAUCUCUUAGUUGGAGUUGAACAAUCUCACCAUCAAAUCAUGGAUGAGAUUUGCACCCUGCACUCCCAUCUGACCUAUCUACUCCUGUGAUAUAUUUCAGAGCCCUCCCAACUCAACUUGAACGCUGGUCUGUCACUCUGGGUCAGAAAUCUAAAAGGUAAAAGUUGUGGAGCUGGGACUCUCCAUUCUCCCCUUUUAAUAUGCAGGCCACAUUUUUACAGUAAUGUUCUUGUUUUCAUCUAAGAUAGAAUGAAAAGAAGUGCCAAUUGUUAAGUUUUGAAAUCAACAUUGCCUCCAAUAACAAACUCUCAUCUUGAGGUCCUAAGCAGUUUCCCUAAAACAGACUGCUAAUUUAUUAUCAGGAGUGAAUUAGUAAAGAAGCAUCUCAAUUCCAAUCUAUAGUCUAAUAAAACGUUGACAAAUGCUGAAGUAAACAAACAUCCUUGAGUUUUAUUCCAAAGUUUUGUAAAGUAUUGGUUAGGCCCAAACUAUGAGUGUAAGCCAUGACUAUCCUGGCCAUUUCUGGGUUCCAACCUUUCAGAUGGAGGUCAAGAUUUUAUUAGGAGAAUUACUCAUAGGGAACCAAGUAUGAAGGCCUUGGAAUUUCAGCUGGAGAAACUAAAAAUAGGAAAGCAGAGAAGGUUGAAGAAAGAUUUUAAAAUCAGAAAGAGUUUUGAGUGAAUGAGGAGGAAUAGUUUCCAGUGGCUAAACAGUGACUUGAGAAUUCAGAUUGAAGUGCAACCAGUGGCAGGCAGCCCAAGCAACUUUUUUUUUCAGGAACAAGUUCUUCUGAUCAGGUUAUCAGUGCCCAGAAAGGAAGUGGAAGCAGAUUCAACAAUUCCUCUUGAAAGGGAAUUGGGUAAUUACCUGAAGAAGGAAAUUUGUAGAUCGCUCUGGUAGGUUUUUCAAAGAGCUGAUACUAACACGACAAGAAGAAUUACCUCCUUCUGUUAUACCAUUCUAAAGAUUGGUGCUGCUUGUGUGAACGGUAGAUGAUGGUAUCAGGUUGCACCUAAUAAACAAAGGAAGAGCUGACCAGCAUUUAUUUUGCCAUACAAGAUGGCUGCCUACAAGUUAUAGCCCAAGAAGCACCUAAAACUGUAAAUCGGUACUGCAGCAAAGGAAGGAGAAAAAAAUUGGAGGAAAAUAAUUUUACAUACUUUAUCCCGACAUGAAAAAUGGAUUUUAGUGAGACAAUACAUUCUAAAUCAGGAAUCUAGCCGUGUAUUUAGGCUACAAGAUAAUGAAUCUAUUACUUUGAGAUUGAAUUUAUCUUGAUUCCAACCUUUCAGUGUAGCUGAUUAUAACAAUGGAAUUUUGAUCUCUGAAAAGCACAGUAAUUAAG